AUGUACAUAAAUCCGGACCAAUAUGGUGCCGUUUUCAACGAAAUCAAACGAACGUCAUCGUCACAUUCUACCUGUAAACUUGUGCUCUUCGUGUCCUGCUUAAACAUCGACAGUGUAUGUACUGCCAGGGUUUUAACACUUGUAUUCAAGAAAAGUCUCAUCCAAUAUCAAUUGAUCCCCGUUGUCGGGUAUGCAGAUUUACGAGAUCACUACCAGAAGCUUGACCCAGACGUGGCCAACGUGAUUUUGAUUGGCUGUGGUGCAAUGAUCGACCUAGAAACGUUUCUAGAAAUCGACCCAGAACUCUUCUAUGUGGAGCCGCAAGGAACGAGACAGGGUCUACUAGGGGACUUGGAUGCAGAGCGAAUGCUGCUGCUGCGUAGUUAUCGGCGAAAAAUCUAUGUCAUGGACGGCAAUCGGCCCUGGAACUUGGACAACGUAUUUGGGUCCGAAAUGAUAGUGUGCUUCGACGAUGGAUACAUCGACCAGAACCUCCGAUCGGAGAAAACGUCAUAUAAAGUGCUUGUAGACAAUCCCGAGUCGGAGCUGGAGUCGGAUGGAGACACAGACCACGACACAGACCGCGAAACCGAAGAAGACGGGAUUGAAGUCAACUCCGACUCCGAAACAGAAAAAGACGGGCCGGUGGUGGACCUGUCGAGCGGCGAAAAACGUAAAAACGAGGCCCUGGAUGCCCUGGAGGCAAAAGCGGCCAAGCGUCAGCGACGCUCUGAGAUCCGUAAGAGCGAGGAGGUGAUUGAAGCCUACUACAAUCUCGGAUCGGCGCUCUUCACCGCAACCUCCGCUAUUGCGUACGCGCUUCUUGCGUCGAUCGGAGAAACCAGCAUAGAGAACUUGUGGCUUACGAUUAUCGGUAUAGCCUCGAUCGAUCGACAGUAUCCUGAAGUAUACGACAAGCUCGUGCCGUUGCUCAAAGAGGAGGUUGUGCGGUUGAGUCCUUUCAAUCGCGACAACAUUUCUACGGAGAAAAAUGCAGACUCGAACACCCUUUCUGUGGACAAGGAUUACCAUCUAUUUCUUUUGCGUCACUGGACCCUCUACGACUCAUUUUUCUACUCAUCGAUCGUCAAUUCCAAGUUGAACCUCUGGCGCGAGGACGGCAAAAAGAAGCUCCACAAGAUCUUCGCCAAGAUGGGCAUUUCGCUUUCCGUGGCCCAGCAGAAAUGGCUCUACAUGGAUGUUGGAAUCAAACGGAAUCUCCCUGUAAUUUUUGCAAAGCACCUACCCAUUUACGGCCUCGAGGGGAUAAUGCGCGACGGCUUCAUCAGGUCCUUUGGUUAUAUGGGCCAGCUCUCGGCAAUGGAGUGUGUUGAAGCACUCACGGCGCUACUUGAAGUGAAUCAACAGGCGUUCAACGAAGACGGCGACACCACACAGCCCGGAACUGACGAAAUCAACCGGCAGAUUGAGCUCAAGGAGAAGUUGUGGAUUAAAAACUUCUGGUCCUCGUGGGAUGCGCUUAACAUGACCCAGUAUGGAUCGUCGUCGAAGAUCGUCACCUCGAAUCUCAAGCCCAACUCGGUCAGCAUCAAAAAACUCAAGGGUUUUGAUCUUUUGAUGAACGGCCUUGAUCUCGCCAAGUCCAUGCAGCAGGUCAUUUUCCGCACAGGCAUGUCUGUGCUUGAACGUGGGCUUAUCAAGAACCUCCGUCUAUAUCGACUCUGUGUGUUGAACGAUGGAGCUAUUCCCGAUCUCAACAUGUUCAAAAACCCGCUCAUCCUCUGCAAAUUGGGCAACUGGCUCUUGGACACGAUCAGUGAAGCAGAAUUGUUGAGCUACCUCGCAAAGAAGGAAAGCGAGAGCAAAAGCCACGCGCUCAAACCGCUCGUUUUGGCGAGCUUGGAUAUCAGCUCAGAUACAUAUUUGGUGAGUGGAUUGGCGCCACGAUUCCCCAAAGACCUCGACAUUUCAACCAAGUCCAAGCUUCUCAAGAACUCCAACGGGCAAACAACCGACACCACAUUCACUACCCGACUCAACACGUUCAGUGUUGCCUUCCAGAAGGUUGCCGCCAGCUCUGACGCCAAGACGAGAAUUAAUAGUUUUGACUCGUCCAUCAUCGAAAUACGAAAAGACGACUUGGCGCCGUUCCUUGAGAAAUUGACGUUUAGUGGUCUUCUUUAA